AUGGACGACGAGGUCGACGACGACGCUGUCGGCGAGCUCAUGCCACCGCUGCCGCCGAGCGCCAAGCACCGGCGCGUCUGGUCCGUCGGCGUCGACUCGGCCACGGAGCUUGAGAAGAUCCAGAAGGCCCACGAGAUGAGCUCGCUGCAGACUGAGCUGGCCAAGCAGAGCAAGGCGCUCGAAGAGUCGCAAGAAGAGACGCAACUCGCGGCCCGCAUCGGCCAGACGCUCUUGGCGCAGAACCAGCAGCUCGACUACGAGCUCAAGGCCACCUUGUCCCAGGCGACGGCGCGCGCCGACGGCGCCGAGCGCCAUGCACGCGUUCUCGAGGCCAGGCUCGCCGAGGCAACGACGAGCUGCAGAGCCGCCGAGAGCCAAUGCGUACGAAGUGCGGUCGAGAUCGAGCAUCUCCAUGGAGUACAGAUGACGCUCGAGUCGACGAUCAAGCAGCUCACGCACGACUCGAGCCUAUAUAAGAACGAGCGCCAGCUACUGAUACACGCCAAGACUCAUCUUCUCGAAGAGCUCCAAGCACUGCAGGCCGACCGCGACACGCUUCGAACAACGAACGGUCGACUCAGUCGAGAGCUUGAGGCGCUUCGGGUCGACCUGGCCGAUCGGCGGGACGCUGCAGAUGCGAGCGAGCGCCGUGUCCUCGAGUUGAAGACCAAGCUCGUCGGCUACGACCAAGUCGUCGCCCGCUUUGAGGCUUUGCAGGCGCAUGUACUGACGACGGACGCUGAGCUCGCGACAUUGCACGAGCACUGUCGGGCCCUCGAGGACGCCAAAGAAGCGUCCGAGCUCUUGGUAGCUGCACUAACCACCGAGCUGCACACCGCCACCGAACAGCUGCAGCAAGAACGGGUUAUAACUGAAGAGAUGCGCGAGACGAGCCGGAGUUAUAUGAGCCGUCGCUCGAGUGACGCUAGCGCAUCGGAUGGUCUCGAUGUCGCAAGUCUCAAGCAAGGCUCGCUCUUCCACGAGCUCUCGCUCGUACUCGAGCGGGACCGCGCAGAUGCAACACAGCCGCUUCUCGACCGCAUUCUGGCACUGGAGACCGAAGUGGCCUCAUACAGAGAGGGCUCCACCCACGAGACGGUCUCAUCACAUGUACAUGAAGUCCGCGCGCUACGGGAGGCACAGUACGCGACCGAGACGGAGCUGCUUCAGGUGCAGAAGGAUCUCGGUCGCACUCAAGAGGCUUCCAAGUUAUGGGAGGCCAAGUACUUGGCCAAAUGCGCAGAAGCCGACGAAUUCCGAGUCGACCUCAAAGGGCACAUGCAUGCGUACGAGGUUGAGCUCGACCAGCUCGUGAAGCAGCGAAGUUCGAUGCAGGACGAACUCCUCAAGGCGCGACAGCUCUACACCGAGGCCGCUGCCGAGUGGCAUGCCCAAAGAACGCUGCUCGAAGCGCAGGUAGAGCAGCUUCAAGAGACGCUCCGAGCAGCACAGAGCGAGGUGCAUCAUCUCAAGCUGGACGAGCGCCACGCGAUGGCUGCGCUCGAGGUGAGCACGCAGCAACUCUGCGAGAUGGAGCGCGCGCUUCGGUUGGCCAAAGACCGCGACGAGGCGCUGAUCAAAAGCGUGAACCUCUUUCAAAGCAACUGCGAUGCGCAAGCAAGUCGACUUGUCGCGCUUGAAGAUGCGGUGCGCGAUGCAGCUGAGGCGCGAGCUAUGCACGAGCAGCAGUUGGCUGCUCUCUCGAGCGAGCUGGACCAGACACUCGAGCUCUGGCGCGACGAAAAGACCACAAAUCACGAACUUCGCCAGCGUAUCGAGGAGCUCCACGAGAUGAUGGAGGUGGCGUCACAGCCGUCACCCUACCGGUCACGGCAGUCGAGCAUCGAGCAGCGCCGAAGUUUUCUCAAGCGCGGGUCGCUCUUCCAUGAGCUCGCGCAGCAGAUAGAGCGAGAGGUCACGCAAGCGCAGCGGACGAUCCGCGAAGACGACGAGACGACGCCGCCGUCCGUCGAUGUCGGUGACGUCAUGACGGUCAUGGACUGAGCGCUUGCGACUGCGUAGGUCGCGUCGCUUCGGUCGCAGCUCGAUGAGCUGCAGACACAGUUUCGUCGAGAACAGGCGCUCGUAUGCCAACUGCAGACAGAACUCGAUACGGAGACGCUCGCUCCGCCAACUGUGCGACCGCCGUGGUUCUGGGAGGCCUUGUAUAACGGGCGCGUUUGCGAGCUGCUGGGCAACGAGAUCGUUGCAGCACCCCACGAGUAAGAAGACACUGUGUAACUAGAUAGACUGCUAUCUUCAUGCCCCACAUAUAUGUUGACCUGGGACUUCGGUUCCAUGGUUCUCCAUGAUGUGGCCCGAGCCUAAGGAAUGUCAACGGAACCCUAUUCCCGGUCGUGACCAAACUUCUCGAGACCG